AUCUGACAUCGAUUGCUCUGGACUGACAAAGAUGGCGCUUACCAUGUAGACGGGGACAACUGCCUGUCUUUAACAUUUUUUGGAUAAUCAAAGUACAGCUAAGGAGUUGUUUUAUUCUAUUUAAAAGAUGUCUCUUAGGACAGUGUUUUCGUCGUCGUCCCAUGUCUGGAGAAAGUUGAAUGCGGUGAAUAGUUUGAAGGCGGUCGCCUCAGUGGGAUCACAACACGUUCCUUCCACCUCCGUAGCUUCCAGAUCAUUGGGUCAUUGGUGUCGGCUCGAUCCAUGUAUCACAAAAGGUAACGAAAACACUAACGUCGUCCAGCCAGUGAGACAGUAUGCCAGAGGCACAAGGAAAAAGCAAGAGAUCCCGAGCCAGCUAAGCGACCUGCCUCCCUCCACGCUGAAGCUGGACUAUGCGGCGGUUCCUCUUGCACAGACGACUGACGAUGUGGUGAAAAGACUGUUGUCCUUGGAGCUGGCCAGUAAUAGUGAAAAACUACGAGUUAAGACGGAAGAACUUAUAGCGAAGGUUCAGAGGGACAAAAAUGACCGCACAUCUACUGAAGUGAAAGUGGCCAUGUUGACAGCGCGCAUCCGCAACUUCCAAGACCAUUUACUUAAGCACCCAAAGGACAAGGCCAACAAGAGGAGGAUGCUGAUGGGCAUCGACAAGCGGAAGAAGAAGCUGAAGUUCUUGAGGCGGACGCGCUUCGAGGCCUUCGAGCACGUCUGCAAGGAGCUGGGCAUCACCUACACCUUCCCGCCCGAGUACUACAGACGCGCCACCAAGCGCUGGCAGGCCAAGAAGGCCCUCUGCAUCAAGGUCUUUAAAGAGCUCCAGAAACAGAGGGCUGCCAAGAGGGCUGAAGCCAAACUGGCAGAGACACCGACCUCCACCUCCUCCUCCUCCUCCACAGCACCCCAGGCAGCCGCCGCUCAAGCCAGCUAGGCCAUCACAAAAUGGCCGCUGUUACUGACACAGUUUUUCUGGUGUAAAAACAUCUCAUUUUUUCCUGUAACCCAAGUGACUGACUUUUGUUCUCCAGAAGCUCAUAUGAGACCAAUGCUUUGGUGAGCAUCCAUUACUCACUUUAGUUUUUGAAGCUCACCUGGACAUUCAUCUGGACAUUCAUCACAAAGAUAUGAAACUGAAAAGAUAAACUUGUGGUCAUGUCUGACCUGUGAAAGCAUCAGCCAUGUAUGUUAUAUUUGUUUUAAAUAAAAGAUCACAUAUUAUGCA